AUGGUUGAUAGUGAAUCUUUACUUCCUACCGAGAAGCAAAAGGAUCAGUCCUCUGUUUCUCGCUGGGUUUCUUACCUUUCCCUGAUCUUAGCCAUCAUUGCCAUUCUUUUAGCAGUCAUGGGUGCAUUUAAGAAGCCAAAUGUUGCGAGUGCAAUUCUCUAUACUACGCAGAGUUCCAAUGUCGAAGGCAGUGUAAGUGUUGGUGAUGUCGUUUCGAUAAAUAACAAAGGCAAGAUUCAAAAGGGAGAGGGAACUAGUAUUUCCAAGAAUAAAUUGUUUUGGAAAGGGAAGUCAAUGAGUCAUUUGUACUCGACAAAUGUGGGUCCCAAUAUUUUGGUGAUUGCGUACGAUGGAUAUAUCAGUGUUAAUUAUGUUUCUGAUAAUGGAGAUAUCACCGAGGGAGAGACUAUUCCUCUUCCCUCUAUUGGAGGAUAUCCGAUGACUGUCGAUGACCUCAUCACUCUUGAUAACCAGGUUGUUGUUCUGAUUGGAAGCACAAAUCUGUUGGGCAUCCGUGCUACAUGGGAUAAUGAAAGCAACAGUGGAAAAAUUGUCCUUGGAGAGUUAAUCCGCUUUACGGAGCCAGCGAGCUAUCAGCCGGUCAUUGAUACUCUUGGCGAUCACUGCUUCGCUAUUGGAUAUUUCUACAGCACUGGACAUGGAAUUAAGAUGUCCACACGAACGGGUUGUGUUGAUGCAUCGUCGUUGAAGAUUAAUCUGAAUGAUGAAGUGAUUUACAGUGAUGAUUACACCUUCCAUGGAAUUGCGGGGUUGUCUGAGACGAAGUAUGUGUUGGCCAAGUCGGGUUCGUUGGACGGCAAAGACAAGGACAUUCACUUCCAGUUGGCCACAGUGAACGGAACUUCGGUGAUUGUGGACAAGGAGGUCACUCUGCAGAACCGCUCGAGUUUCGGAUUUUUCGAUAUGGAUAACUUGAACGAUCAUCAGGUGAUUGUCACUUUUAUUGACGGGGAUCUGAACAACGGACUUGAAUCCAUUCUGCUCAUCUACAACGAUGUGAAGGAUCGUCUGGUUAUUGGUCCUUACUUGGACAACCAGGACGGAGGCGCCUCUGGCAUGUCUGACAAGGGUACUUACAACUUUAUUAAGGUGCGAGUGAUGUCCGAGUCCCGCUUUGCGGUCUUCUACUCGAAUAUUGCCCUGCAGGGAGCCACUGCUCUGAGUAUGGGAGAAGUCACGCCGGCCAAUGAUCUGAUGGCCUUCGGUCCCGAAUAUAUCCUGUCGAAUCCGAUGGUGGAUCCUGUAGUGCUGGAUGGGGAGAUUGAUGUGUAG